AUGGCUCAUUCCAACAGCGCGGCCGCCACUGCCCUUGCGCCGGCGCGGAAGGUGGCGCUGAUCACGAGCAUCACGGGGCUGCUCCUGUCCAAGAGGUACGAGGUGCUGGACCACAUCCGCCGCUCCUCUAACUUCAACACGCAGCGGCUGGACCACAUCUACCACGACCUCCACGCGGUGUCGUCGUCGCCGCGGCCCCCGAUGCGGCUCCACUACGCCGACUUCUCCGACUCCUCGUCCCUCCGCGGCGCUCGACGCCAUUGGCCCCGACGAGGUCUACAACCUCGCCGCGCAGUUGCACGUCGCCAUCUCCUUCGAGGUCCCCGACUACACCGCCGACGUCACCGCCACGAGGGCGCUCCACCUGCUCGAGGCCGUCCGCCUCUCGUGCAAGCCCAUCCGCUACUACCAUGCGAAUCCUCGGAGAUGUUCAGCUCCACGCCGCCGCCGCAGAGCGAGGACACACCCUUCCACCCGCGCUCCCCCUACGCCGCUGCCAAGGUCGUCGUGCACUGGUACACCGUCAACUACCGGCAGCGCUAG